AUGUCAAAGCGAAAGUCGGAAGUACCUUUGGAGGGUCUCUUCGCCGAGGCAUCCCCGGCGAGCAAGAAAGUCCGCAUCGAAGAGGUACCAGAGGAAACCCGCACCGCGAAUGGCGGCCUGGAUGCUUUGCAAAGCCGCGACGCCCAGCCUAUAAAUGGCACGCAUGUCUCCGAACGAAUGACAAAGGAACAAGAAGAUGGGGAGGAGAUGGAAUCAGAUGUUGAGGACGAUCGGUUAACAGCUGCACCACUGCGACAAAAUGCUCCCACAGAAGGUUACGACGACCUCUACCUUGACACCAUCAAUCGAUCCUUGCUCGAUUUCGAUUUCGAGAAGCUCUGCUCCGUUACCCUUUCCAACAUCAAUGUCUACGCUUGUCUGGUCUGUGGCAAAUACUUCCAAGGGCGAGGCCCAAAAUCCCAUGCAUAUCUCCAUGCUCUCGAAGUCGAUCAUCAUGUCUUUAUCAACAUGGAGACGAAGAGAGUCUACGUCCUACCCGAGGGCUACGAGGUGCACAACAAGAGCCUAGACGAUAUCAAGUACGUGGUGGAUCCUAAAUACACGGAAGAGGAGGUCAAAAUGCUAGACAAGGAUCCGAAGGAGUCAACAGACCUUGCCCACAAAAGAUACAGACCAGGGUUUAUGGGCAUGAACAACAUUAAAGCCAACGACUAUCUCAAUGUCGUUGUGCAAGCACUGGCGCAUGUUUCGCCGUUGAGAGAUUUCUUCCUUCUGCAAGAGUUUCCUCACACAGCGUCGCAGUUACCAGUGCGCUUCAGCACGCUGGUUCGCAAACUGUGGAACCCCAGGGCCUUUCGAUCUCACGUCUCGCCCCAUGAGCUGUUGCAGGAAGUUGCCUUGCGUUCGUCCAAGAGGUUUACUUUGACACAACAGUCCGAUCCGGUAGACUUGAUUACCUGGCUGCUCAACAACCUACACAGCACCUUGGGCGGUUCACGCAAGGCGCUCUCAUCCCCCAUAUACAAAUGUUUCCAAGGGAAAUUGCGAGUCGAAUCGCAAGAAAUCACGGCAAAAUCUGAUGUUAUGGGUGAUCGGCUCAGGUUCGAGGAGUCAUCCAACAUCAAGACCGACAUGCAUCCGUUCCUCAUUUUGACGCUGGAUCUACCUCCAGUGCCUCUCUUUCGUGACGCGGUCGAGUCCAAGAACAUCAUCCCGCAAGUUCCACUCAUCACACUAUUGCAGAAGUAUAACGGGUUGAAUGCCAUGGAGAGAGCUGCUCAUCGACUGCGGCAUCGGCUGCUACACCCGCUUCCGCCCUAUCUUUUAUUUCACAUCAAACGCUUCAGUCAGAACAAAUUCGUUUCCGAGAGAAAUCCAACCAUCGUAACAUUUCCUUCUCCCCGAGGGCUGAACAUGUCACCCUAUGUCGAACCGAACCCGACUGUCCACCCUCCUGGUGAGCCGAUUCUUUACGACAUGGUUGCAAACAUCAUUUUAGACACGACCUCAAUUGCUAGUGCUGGUGGCGAAGACACCAAUGCCGCCGAUGCCGCGAACAAAGCCGUUGGCGCCGAGGGCCAGAAAGUAGCUUGGAAAGUCCAACUUCGAGACAAGGCUGUUGCGUAUGCUCAGCGAACCGAUCUGCCGGAAUGGCUGGAGAUUCAGGAUCUCUGGAUUGAACGAGCAGAAUCCGAGACACUUUUCACACGGGAGGGCUACCUUAUGGUGUGGGAGCGAAGGAGAGAAAAGAAGAAGACCAAACAGACCAACGGUGUGAGAACCACCCCGGGCUGA